UUCACUGUGCUCCAUUGGACUAAACAUUUACUCGCCGUUUCUUCAUAUUCAUCCCGCAAAACCAUGAGGAAGUUACUCCUGGCAUCGUUGGUCGUCUUGUUGGCCGUCGAGACGGUGCACGGCCUGGUCUGGUCGCUGGUUUUAGGCAAUCCCGUCAUCGACAUGAAAGACGAGUCGUCCAAAACAAGACUCGAUGACGACGUGGAGGAUAGUUCCGAAGACGUCAGUGAUAUCGAGCAUCCGCGGAAUACCAAACUGAAGUUACCAAGGAACUCGUCGUUAUCGAGCGGUUCACGACCGACGAGACAACAUCACGGACAAGAUAAAUGUAUGGAAGAUAGACAAUGUGGUAAAGGACGGUUCUGCGAUCUUCACUACGGAGUCUGCCGGACGGAAAAGUCGCCCGGCUUCGCUUGCCGCCGGGAUAGGAUGUGCGGCAAAGGUCUGGCGUGCAUGUUUGGACGUUGCCAGGCGAAAAUAGCGACAGGAGAAGAAGGAUCCCGUUGCCAUGGCAAUUCGGAUUGUCAAGCCGGCCUUUGCUGCGCCCGUCGUCACGGCGAAGCUGUGUGCCAGCGCAAAUUGACGCUGGGUCAGCGCUGUUUCGUUCCCGAUGGCGGCCUCGAGUAUUCACUCAAUCAGCUUUGUCCGUGUGACGUUGGAUUAGUUUGUCGACAGCAGAAUCCUGUCCAUGCCAGUGACUCUCCAUCCAGUCAAGAAGACAACAGCUUCGAUCGUCCCAACAGCACGAACUCGGAGAAUUUCCCAUUUUGGACUAGCACGGAGAACAUGCGAUGUACGUUUCACGAAAUGGGAGACAAUCGUGCGUCUUAAUGUCUUACGUCGCUCGCUGCCACCGUUCGAAACAUCGACGGAUGGAGCCAUCUGUUUGCCUUGUAACUGUACAGUUUUCCCGCGUCCUCUUUAAACGUUCCCCUGCUCUACAAAUGUAAAAAUUAUCUAUCAGCUAAGUAAUAAUCGAUCCUAUUCAUUAAAUUAAAAUGUUGUUUACUCGACGAGAAUCUAAAAUGCGAGAAGGAAAAAAGAACAAGUAACUUUGUUUUGCACAUUACCGUGUACAGUAAUACAGCCCAUUGAGAAUGGACAUUAUGUUGUUUGAAGAUAUUGCAUAAUACAUUCGUUUUAUCUUUUC